GAGCAGCUGGAUGUGGAGAAUCAGUCUCGUCCAGAGGCAAGAAACAGCAGGAAAGCCGGGAUUCCAAGACCUAAUCCAAGUUGAGGCAAUUUUUCCUGCUCAUCCGUAUGUUAACAGCUUCAAGCUGAACCUCGUAUUGAAAACUCCACCAUGAGACCGACUUUAACCAAUAAACCCGAAGCCUUUGAAACCGAAAAGAUUGAUGAUAAAGAGAAUGGCUUAGUCAGAGUGAUGAACCCUCACUUGGCUUCUAUGCCUGAAGAUUUUCUGUAUCAUUUUGCUCUUGGAACAAAAACUCACGACCUUCAAGCGAUGUUUGGGGACGUGAAGUUUGUUUGUGUGGGCGGCAGUGCUAACAGGAUGAAGGCCUUUGGACAAUUCAUACAUGGAGAGCUUGGACUAAAUGGAGACAGCAGUGACAUCAGGGAUAUCUGUGAAGGGACUGACCGAUACUGUAUGUACAAAAUUGGCCCAGUGCUCUCUAUAAGUCACGGUAUGGGUGUGCCCUCCAUAUCCAUCAUGCUUCAUGAACUGAUCAAGUUACUUCAUCAUGCCAAGUGUCGUGAUGUAAUUAUCAUACGAAUGGGUACAUCAGGUGGUAUAGGGCUGGAGCCUGGGACUGUGGUUAUUACUGGUACAGCGGUAGAUUCGUUCUUCCAACCUCAAUUUGAACAAAUCAUUCUCGGAAAAGUUAUUACACAUAGCACAGAACUGGAUAAGGAUCUCGCACUGUUAUUGUUAAACUGUGGCCAGGAGAUUCCUGACUUUCAGACUAUCAUUGGAAACACCAUGUGCACCCACGAUUUCUACGAAGGACAAGGGCGUUUAGAUGGGGCUUUAUGCUCAUUUUCGAAUAAAGAGAAGCAGGAGUACUUGAAAAACGCAUAUGAAGCUGGUGUCCGAAAUAUCGAAAUGGAAUCUGCUGUGUUUGCUGCUAUGUGCCACAGAUGUGAUCUAAAAGCCGCUGUUGUUUGUGUAACUUUACUGAAUCGACUGGACGGUGACCAGAUUACAACACCACACGAAGUUCUGGUUGAAUACCAAAUGCGUCCACAGAAACUGGUGUCAAGGUUCAUGAAACAACAGCUUGAGCUGUUAAAAUAGAAUUAAGAUUGUGUCAGUUUUAGCAGAAGAGUUUCAUACUGUAAAUUGUAUAUAAGAAUGGAUUUCAUGGCCUGCAGAACGCUUGUCAGAUGCAUGAAAUAAACCAGUUAUGCAGAAUUAAUUUACACAUUUUUAAGUUGGCAUCUCAGACUUUGUAAUGUUCUUCAAAACAAGCAAAACAUAUUUCAAUACACAACAUGCUUGCAAGCAAAACAAUUCAUUGUUGUAGUAUUUGAAAUAAAAAUGUAAUGUAAAUGUAUUACUUUGUACGUACAGUAUGGUAAAUUCUGAAUGAGGAUGAGUCUUAUUUGUGAAAAGAUUAUCAAUGAUAUGCAAAUUAUUUAUCUCAAUUUAUUUUUGAAGGCAUCAAAGGCUUAAACUAAUUUCAAAUGUAACUGGCUCCACUGAUACCUUAAUGUGUUUUUAAUGAGCAUGGCACAUUAUUGGAAUUGUUACUAAUGAUGUGGCAUUGUUAUUUUUUAGCACCAUGCAACUGCAUUUACUUGUAUGGUGUCAUAAUCAUUUAAAAUAAAAUAUUUCUAAUUUUAA